AUGCAAAUAGAAGCAGUGAACCUGGGAGAUGGGGGUGGGGGGGAUAAUGGGGAUGUAGCUGUCAAUCAACCAGCACCUGUGGUGAAACCUGAACCUAAACCAAAGAUACCAGCACCAGACACCAAAUUCCCCCACACUGAGCAGAAUGAGCGGCAGAAGUUUGUGGUUGACGUGUUCCUCCACGCAUGGAAGGGGUACAAGGAAACUGCAUGGGGCCACGAUCAUGCUCACCCCAUAUCGCGUACAUAUGAUGAUUGGUUUGGUGUGGGGCUUACACUGUUAGAUGCUUUGGAUACAAUAUACAUCAUGGGUUUGCAGCAAGAAUACUUUGCUGCACGAGACUGGAUAGCCAACACGAUGGACUUCAACAAAGAUACUGACGUGAACUUGUUUGAAUGCACGAUACGGGUGUUGGGUUCAAUGCUGAGUGCUUACCAUCUUACCAAGGAUGAAAUAUAUAAAGUUAAAGCUAUAGACAUUGGUGAACGUCUCCUACCAGCUUUAUCACGAUCCGUAUCAGCCGUUCCUUACUCUGAUGUCAACCUUAAAACAGGGAACACACACGCGCCUAAAUGGGGUCCCGAUAGCACAGUGUCCGAAGUGACUACGAUCCAAAUCGAGUUCCGCGAUUUAUCUUUUAUCACCGGGAACCCCAAGUACAAGGACGCGGUUGACCGGGUAUCUUCCCAUAUAGCUUCGUUGAACGGAAAGAAAGAUGGUUUGAUCCCGAUGUGGGUGAACGCAAAUACGGGGUUGUUUAGACCGGGGGGUACGCUAACUGUGGGUGCUCGCGCCGAUAGUUAUUAUGAAUAUCUACUUAAACAAUGGAUACAGACUGGCCAAACCGAAACACAUUACCUUACUGAAUACUUGGAAGCGAUCGAAGGAAUCCAAAAACAUCUGGUUGGCCAUUCAUUUCCUAAUGGCUUUACCUAUGUAGGGGAACUUAUUGGAGGGGUAACCCCUAGUGCGAAAAUGGACCACCUCGCUUGUUUCCUCCCCGGUACUUUAGCUCUCGGAUCAACUCUUAUCUCCUCCUCGCAUCCAAGGCAAUCCAUGGAACAUCUGCAACUUGCCAAGGAUCUCACGGCAACUUGCCACCAAAUGUACGCCACCCCCACCGGGUUAAGCCCCGAGAUAACGUACUUCAAUCUGAAUCAAGCUGCUAAAGAUGACCUCAUAGUUAAGCCACUUGAUCGUCACAAUCUACUACGACCCGAAACCGUGGAAUCUUUAUUUUACUUAUGGAGGAUUACCAAGGACACAAAGUAUAGGGAUUGGGGUUGGGAUAUUGUACAAGCAUUUGAACGUUAUACUAAGGUAUUGUGGUGUGUUGUAUUACAUGUAUAUAAAUGUGAAGCACACCUGAGACCUGGGAUGUAGGUCUAUUACCCCAAC